AUGAAGAAGAACAAUGUGUUACUCUUCUGUAUUGUUUUCUUCCUUGUUUCUGCAAUAUCUGUAGCAUGUCACAAUCAAACUUUUAACGUGUUAAAUUUUGGAGCGGUUGGAGAUGGAUCUACUGAUGAUACCCAGAUAGGUGGAAACCUAACAGCACCAAGUCAUCCUUCAAAAUGGAAGUGCAACGGAAGUAACUGCCGUCAAUGGAUAGGAUUUACUGAGAUCAAUGGUCUCUACAUUUAUGGCUCUCGUACUAUUAAUGCCCAGGGUACCAAAUGGUGGGGUUCCUCCAAUGUAAAUCACACUAGAAAGGCAAGAAGCCUCCUCUCUCACUUCAUUUAA